GGUGAAGCGAAGCCCUAUCUAGGGUCACAAAGCAUUAGCCAAUGCCUAGCAACUACACGUAAAUUAACCAUGAGAAACAUUGCUGCACACAAAUCAUGCUUCCUUGCCUUCCUCCUCCUCCUAUUCACAAGCCAAUUCGCAUCGGCCGCCAAGAAAACCCUCAGCAAGGAACACCCAUGCAAGAGGUUUGUCCUCUACUACCACGACAUACUCUUCGACGGCGGGGACGUGGCCAACGCGACGUCCGCGACGAUCGCGAACGAGACCAAGCUCGGCAACUUCAAGUUCGGGAAGCUGGUCGUGUUCGACGACCCGAUGACAAGAGACAGCCAUCUUCGCUCCCCGGCGGUUGCUCGAGCCCAGGGCUUCUAUUUCUACGACAUGAAGAGCGACUACAACUCGUGGUUCGCCUACACUUUGGUGUUCAAUUCGACGGAACGUGAGGGCACGCUGAACAUUAUGGGUGCGGACAUAAUGGCGGCUCAGACUAGGGAUCUUUCUGUGGUGGGGGGAACCGGAGAUUUCUUCAUGGCGAGGGGAAUCGCGACCAUCGAGACCGAUACUUUUCAAGGAGCCAAGUAUUUUCGCCUCAAGAUGGACAUUAAACUAUAUGAGUGUUAUUAGAGAAACUUUCUUCGCAGAGUUCUGAUUCUUCUGUGUGUUUUGCAAGAAGAGAGAUUGAAUAUUCUAAUCCAACUAAGCAUUUUCCGUUCA